AUUCACUUUUCUAAGAAAUUCAAAUUUUAUCCUCCUGAAAGUUGUCCUGAAAGUUGUCCUGAAAGUUGUCCUGAAAGUUAUAGUUAUUAUCUCGAUCGCGUGAGUUCAGUUUAUCCGAGCUUACCUAGACCAUUGUUAAAAAUCAAUCAACUUCAUUGGCCGCAGCAGUCAUGCAGAAAUGUUGAAUUAUUAAUAAGCAUUUUGAAGAGUAAUUCACCUGUGUGUCUGCACUUGAUAUUUCGAUCGAGUCAAACUCCAGCAGGAUUAUUUACUGCUAGAAAUCCAAGGUGAGGUUCAUAAAGUUUCCUUUUCGCCAUGAAGCGCACAUGUCUUACAGUGACAGUCCUAACUAUCAUAGCAAUGAUAGCUACUAAAGGGAUGGUUCAAGGAAGCUUUCAAGUYGACUGUGACUUCGGCUCGGCAAGCCAGGAUARCCUAAGUUACACAGCUAUCGGUAACUUGACGUCUCAUUUUGGUGAYGCUCGGAGUUGUCACAUUGAACAUGAUGCUUCUUCGGGCAUUCUACGUGUGCGAUUGUCCAGACACAACCAAAAUAUCAGCGUGAUAUACGCUAUGGUGAUGGAGAAGAAGGAGAUAACGUUCGUAGGUACUGCCCGCUACGUCGACCUGAUGCUUGGCCAAGGCUAUCAUUUCCAUUCCUGCCCGGAACUGAGAACCGACCRGGUACAAAUACGAAACACURAAUUGGACCUGUUAAUGUUCGGUGCUCCUCAAAAUGUGACCUUUAAGUUGGAAGUUAAUUUAGACAACACUUAUAUGAGCCCCGGGGAGACCAAAUCCAUUAAUUUGYUAAAGAAUGGUCUAAGCGAGGUUUUGGCGUUCGAUGUUUUGGAGAAAGACUURUUCAAACUGUUUCAAAUCACUGUAACUUCGGACGAUGAUACUGUAUCGUAUCUCCUCGUGUCGAAAAGCUGCUCCGACGUCCAGMAAGUCGGCCUAGGGAUCACUACAMAGYCCAUGAUGACGAGRAAAGAUCUGAAGUUGUCGUUCACCAAGUCUGGUAGAAUAACUCUAUCGCAGUAUUCCUCGCCCAAAAUCGAGAAGGGUCGUUGGUAUAUUGGCGUAGUGGUGAAAGAGGGCUCUGUCGAUGCCAUYGAGGAGAAGGCAGUUARUGUCAGUAUCACUCAAACCUACAGUUAUGAUAMAAUUGGCAAAGGUUUGCCAGUCCUUUACAUGUGUUUAAUCACUGGAAUCCUUGGACUGCUAGUCGCCGUGUUCGCGCAUUUUUUCUUGAAUUCUGACUUUGAGGAAAUGUCGCRUCCGUUUUACGUGGAAGACGAGGUGUUAGAGCASGAUAAGGAGACKUCCUCUAAUUUACGCAAGUUUCCAGACAAGACAAUACUGAAUUUCAUUCCUCCGCCUAUUCCCCGCGGGAGCUUUCCUUUUAAGACUUGGGUCAAGGUAGUCGUUGUUCAUUGGUUUGGGCGAGGCACCAAGACCUAUUCCUACUUAACGGUCGUAUUGGCUGUAAGCUUUCUGGUUGGAUCAGCUCAGUUUGUYAUUGGUCGCUGGGCAAACAUGRUCGAGACAGGCGACCGCGACAAAUGUUACUACAACGAGCUUUGUUAUCGCCCUAUCGCGGUGGCCGACCUGCCUUCUAAUUUUCUUAUCAGUAACGUACCUUACUGCUUGCACGGUGUCAUCCUUGCACUUUCGUUUUCAUUCCGCGAAGCCGUGAAMCUUAACUAYCGGAAYAACCAAGCAAGCUUCAAUAGCCAAGGCAACCUGUUCGUACCGUACGACUUCUCCCUGGCUUAUGCAUUAGCGUGGGCCUUGGUCUUCSAAGGGCUUUUCUCUGCAACCUACCACAUAUGUCCCUCCAGGUUGACAUUCCAGUUCGAUUCUGCCUUCAUGUUUAUCAUUUCAGGCCUSGUGGUCAUUGCGCUGUUCAACGCGCGGAUCGACAAGAUCWGCAGCAACAAAGAACGAGAUCCAAGCGAAACCAUUGUCCAAGCACCGAAGUACUUCCUCUUCUUCGUUGCGCCUUUGUUAGUCCUGAACUACAUUGGCUCCAUUCGCGACACUGAGGGCCUUCCUAAGUUUGUCGAAGUGUGUUACUGGCUUGUCCUGGUAAUUUGGUUGGUUGUCAUCUACUUGUGGGCCUUUAGAAAAGUGGGGAUAUCUUGUACGAGUGGUCCAGGUUUGAUGAACCGGUUAGGUUGUGCCACCGCUGAAGACRGAGUAAAGUGGUUAUGGAUGAUCUUGGUACCAAUCUGCUUGCUCAUUAUUGGGAUUUCCAAGUGGAGUGACUGGUCACAGUUCUUCUUGUUCUCAUGUGUGGCAGCAGUAGUCCUUACCAUCGGUGGUCUGAUCUCUUUUAAUUUGGUCACCUCGUUAAGGCACCUCAAGUACCAGUCUACCUACCACUCUCUCAACAACUCUGCUCAGCCCUUGUGCGAUAUUAAAGGAAUGUGUCUUGCGCUCGUCAGAAACUUUCACCGCAUUCUUUUCAUCGUGGUUCUUUUUCUUUUCUGGGUCUUUGCUAUGUAUUUCUUCAAGCUGAAGCCUACCGCAAAGAAGACAGCGUCGCCUAGCGARUCCCGCACCCACAACGACGAGUGCGCUUUGUGGGAUUUCUUCGAUUACCAUGACAUCUGGCACAUGUUGUCCUCUGUGGCUCUUCUCAUGAGCGCCUUCUUGCUGAUCUACAUCACCAGGAGCGUGGAGAGGUACUUCUGGGUAGAYGCCAAUUACUGGUACAACAAGAUGAAAGACCAGAGUAAAAUCACAGUCAACCAAAAUGUGAGCACUCGGUCCCUGGACAUGGAAGGGCGUGAAAACAUCGAGAUGGAUGAUCGGCGUUCUGAGAAUGGCGCACCGCCUGCAGCGGACGAAGAUGGCUUGGUACCACRUGAAGAUGAUACCCCUAUAUUGCUGUAGACUAAAAGGACAAAAUGGUUCUGUGUCUUUAAUGAUGCAUGCUAGUGCUAUGUAACUCACUCACUUGUGGACUCACCUGUUAGGAUGCACRAGGUUCGUUAGAGCUGCUUUGUUUUAAAUUUUUAAUGAGUGUUAUUUCUUUCCUUGUCGAAAAGAAACAAGAAUAAAUAACUUUGUAAUAGAAUGGCUACCCUGCUUGCAGAGGUUCAUUUUCUGCCAUCCGUUAUUCCUUUAGGCAGGGGGAGACCAGGGGGCACUCACCAUUUACCCGCAAAUUCCGGUUGGAAAGACAAACGUUAUGUAUCUUUCCCAUUGGAAAGUUCCGGAAAACUCGGUCUUCCGAAAGAAGUAAUUCAUUUUUCCCGCUCUUUUUGGUCCUUUCGGUAGACGCUAAGACGGUAAGACCAAUGUUAUGUAUCUUUCCCAUUGGAAAGUUCCGGAAAAAUCGGUUUUCCGAAAGAAGUAACUCACUUUUCCCGCUCUUUUCGUUUUUUUCGGUAGACGCGUGUACCAUCUUUCGAAAGUCAAAGUUUCGCGCUCUUUUUUUACUGUUGGCAAAUGAAUUUCCAACCGGAUGGUUSGAUGUAAAUGGUAUGCACCCCAGUCUACCGCUCAGUACUAAGGUAGAUUUUUUAAAGGGUUUUUAAUUGGUAAUCCAAUCACAAAUAAGCUAAUGAUUUGGUGAUAGUUCCACCCGGUCCUUCGUUAUUGAACGUGAGGGCUCGGGAAGUAAAGGUUUCUUGGAAAUAUUAUAACAAGAUGUAUAUGUUAGCUUCAAUAAAAGUGUGUACAAUUAUG